AUGGCGUCGGCUCACCAAGCGCUGCCGAUUCUCACACGAGCCAACAGCGCGGCCGGCUAUGCCAAUGGUGCCGCUCUGCACCACCAAAGAUCGCUCUCAACCGUCCCCUCCCCGCGGUCAGCCGAAAUGUCUCAGAAUGCGCGCCCCGCCCGCUCCCCACAACCUCCUGACGGAGACUGGCCCUCGAACCCGAGCGCCAAGAGCAAGACGUCGUCGCAACAUAGCUCACUGUCAGCUGGCGCCCAGCGUCGCCAUGACCCCGCGGCGCGACGACCGCCCAAGCUGCGGUCCCAGUACCCUCGCAAUAGUACCGAGAACCAUGUCGAGUACAUCCUCGUCGCCUCUUUCGAUAUCGAUCGGGGCCCGGUCAUGGAGCACCAGUACCCGAUAGCCAUUACCGGUGACGGGCACAUGCUUGCCGAGCUCAUGCUUCCGGACCAAGCCCACGUCAGAAAUCAGGACUGGACAAUUUUUUUCCUCCACAAAGACACGAGCCAGGAGGAAGAUGACGCGGAAAGGCGCGCAAGAGAAGAGCGGCGCGCUCGGCGGCUGCGCAAGCGGGAUCGGGCCCAGGGCGUAAUACACGAGUCGGACGACGAGGAAGAAGGGGGCGACUUGGACGAAGACUGGGACGACGACGUAUCGACGGACUCGGAGCCCGAGGGCGGGGAGGGCCCGCCUUUAGUCUACGUCCUCAAUCUCGUGAACACAAAACAGGAUAAGACCGUCAAAAGAGGUGCUGUCGUAAAAGCAAUGGCCAUAUGUACCCGACAUCCUUUCUUACAUAUAUACAAGCCCUUGUUAUUACUAGCGCUAGAAGAGUACUUCAAGGCGCCAGUUCCCGAAACCCUAGCCAUGCUGUUUGAAGCCGUGAACCAGAUGGACUUGUCACUGAUGCCCAAGCUGAGUGUCCUCGAAAGGCACCUGCUACAAUCCAGUGACAACAAAGAUCUGUUUGUCGAAAAGUUUGAGCAAAUGAUCCAGGCGCGGAUCGCCGAGGAGACGGGUGAGGACGUUGCAGACCAGCCGCUCGACGCCAGCCAGACGCCGGCAAAACGGCCUGGCAUAUUCCGGUCAGGGACCAAGGAGCACAUCCAAACGCACGCGGCCUAUGUGGUUCCCCGGGAUACACACGAGUUUGAGAGCAAGGUCAUGUACAAGGGCAUUCCCAUUCCGAUCAAGGUGCCUGUAGCCGUCAUGCCCGAGAUUGUCGGCGACUUCUCCUUGAUCAAGCUCAUCCAGAACUUUUCAGACGCGCACGCCAAGUCGCCUCAGACCUUCCCCCUGCACCCGCAUCUCACAACAAACGGCCCCAAUACACACCCCAUUAUAGUGCUCAUCAACGCACUGUUGACACAAAAGCGCGUGAUUUUCUUAGGGCACAACAUGCCGUCGGGCGACGUCGCCGAGGCCGUUCUCGCGGCCUGUGCCCUGGCGUCCGGCGGCAUUCUCAGGGGCUUCACCCGCCACGCAUUCCCGUACACAGACCUCACAAAAAUUGACGAUCUCUUGAACGUGCCCGGGUUCAUCGCUGGAGUAACAAACCCGACCUUUGAGCACCACCCAGAAUGGUGGGACCUGCUCUGCGACCUGUCGAGCGGCAAGAUGAAAAUCAGCAGCAAGAUCGAGGCAGCGCCGAUCACCGAGGGCCUGGUAUAUUUCCAGCAGCAGAAUCCGGCCUACGCGAAUCUGGUCUACAGCUCGUCGGGCAGCGGGUCGUCAUCGAACAACGACCUAACGGGGGACGCGGCGUUCAUGGCCGACAUCCUCCGGAGCAUCGCCACGCGGGCGGGCGAGCGGGUCAUCCGUUCCAAGUGGCGCGCCUGGGUGCUCAAGUUCACGCGGAUAGCGGCAGCGUUCGAGGAAAGCGUGUACGGGGCGAGCGCGCUGUAUAUUGGCAGCGACGAACACGAGGCCAACAUGACAGGGCCCGGCGGGCACGGGUACGUGUGGGCGGACGAAGCGACCAAAGCCAAGGAGCUAGCUGGGAAUGUAACGAGGAUUGAAGGGUGGAGGAACACUAGGAGCUACUACAGCUUCAUCCAGGACGUUGCCAAGCUCUACACGAUCCGCCCGCUAAAGGGCCUCGACCUGGCGCACAUGCACGACCGGCUGCGGACGCAGCGGCUGACGCCCAUGCAGAGCAAAGAAAUCUACGACACGCUCGCAAAGUACGUGCACACGUACGACGAGAUCUGUCUCCUCUUGGGGGUCAUGCCCGAGUCGCACGCGGGGCUUUUCUACCUCGCGCUGGGCCUGUUCCACAAGGACCGCGACGUGCGCGUCGGCACCGCCGACCUGCUCGAGCGCAUCGCCGAGCACGACGCGGGCCAGCACUGGUGGCGCGCCCUGAGCCGGUUCGAGAAGCUUGCCUAUGUCCGCAUCAAGCGCGAGGCCGAGGCUGAGGCCGGGGCCGGGGCGAUGGUGACAAAUAAGGCUCAGCGAGGAGUCGCUGGCCAGCACGACAGGGAGAGGGACGGCGGGGGGCUUAGUCCGGUUGAUAGUAAUAAUCAUAACAAGAGAAUCAGCUAG